AUUGACAUCCUUUAUUCCACUCAAACAACUCUCUUACAAAAUAAACCUAACCUCAUCCUUCGCAACAUGUCGUCUUCAUCUGGAAAACUCGGUCUGGCCAUCCUCGGCGCGGGAAUCUUUGCCUUGGAAGCCCACGUCCCCGCCAUCAAAGCCUCUUCCGACAUCAUCGACUUCAAGGCCGUCUACUCGCGUUCUUCCCGGACCGCCACCUCGUUCUCCCUCGACAAGCAAGUGGCCGACUUCAAGCUCGACGUCUACCACGGUGACGAUGGCCUCGAAGAGCUCUUGAAGCGUGAUGACAUCCACGCCGUGAUCAUCGCCCUCCCGAUCCCUAAACAACCCGAGAUAGUCGAGAAGGCUCUCCGGGCUGGCAAACACGUCCUCUCAGAGAAACCCAUCGGGCCGGACGUGGCCAGCGCCAAGAAGCUCGUCGAGAUGUACGAAUCCGAGUUCAAGAACAAGGGACAAAACCUCGAAUGGCGGGUCGCAGAGAACUUUGCUCACGAGCCCGCCGUGCUCCGUGCGGCCGAGCUGGUCGGUUCCGGCAAAUCCCCCCUGGGUCCGGUCCUUUACUACGACGUCAAGGUCGUCAACAACGUCAAGUCCGGUUCGAAAUACCACGCUACCGAAUGGCGUAACGUACCUCAAUACCAAGGAGGUUUCCUCAUGGACGGCGGUGUCCACUCCGUAGCCGCCCUCCGAGUCAUCCUCGGCUCCGCCAAACCCACGCACCUGGUCGGUCAAUCCUCUCUCCAUCGAACCCACCUCGGGCCGCACGAUACCAUCUUCGCCAUAACCUCCCUCCCCUCGUCCACUGUAUCCCCUCACGGUGAUCCUUUCCCCCAACCGGAGAACUUGGAGAUGGGCAAGUCCACCCCCUCGGGUACUUUCCUCAUGUCCUUCUCCGCCCCCAGGACCCCGGAAGGGACCCCUCAGGUGUAUACCAUCACCUGCCUGAACGCCGUGUUGAAGGUCACCAUGGGUGGCAAAUGGACCGUCGAAGUGCUCAGCGAAGACCCCUCCGUCCUCUCCUUUGCCGGCGCCGCCGCCCAAAAAGGCGGAGAAUCGUUUGACAGCGUGGGUGUUAAAGAGGAAGUGCGUCAGUUUGCCGAAAAGGUCCUCGGCAAGUCGAAAGAUGGCGAGGUGAAGAACAACGGAGAGCCGAGGGGAGCGUUGUGGGAUGUAGAGUUCGUCCAGGCGGCGUUGAGGAGCGGGGGCAAGGAGAUCGUCUUGGCCGAUCAGUAAACCGGUCGAUGAUAUCAAGUCGGAAGGGGAUAGAUUGGAUGGGUUUGAUUUGGAGCUGGGAUAGUUUUGGGUGGUUGGUCGUGUGAUGCGCCUGGGAAGGUGGUCAUGUCGUAUAUACGGGAUUGACGAGAGAUGUAAUAUGCUACGAAGUAUGCCGAAUUUGGUUACGUAUGUGUGAUAUAUCGCCUCGAUCUGAGUCCGGCAAACAAGCGUUCGAUACGAAGCCCUUGAUCAUGUCUACCAUUCGCCACAUCAAUUUUACGGGAUGUGCGGGCCGAUCCGAUGGAAAAGAUUACGAUUGGAUUGUCUGAGAUUGUUACGGACGGAUGCAUGUUACAACCUAUUACUGCUUGACCUACAACCACUUCAUCCGUUAAUCGAUUUCGAUAGCGGUACGUGCGGUACUCGGCAGGAACUUGCAUAAUGUCCAGCAGCACGUGCUUGG